AUGGAAGAGUUCGGAUCGUUUGACAAUCGUCUGGAGGAGAUCAAGCUAGACUGGAAGGAUAAGAACAUCUAUGAGCCAGAAACGGUUAUGCAGGUGGCUGCUUCCAACGGAUUGAAUCGCGUCAUUGAUCGACUGUACGAACUUGGAGCCCCAAUUGCCACUCCCGGACACAACCCGCUGAUGCAAGCUGUCGGCAACAACAGGCAAGACACGGUGGUUUGGCUUCUAACCGAUCAUUUUGACCACUUUGAUUGCACCCUCCGAGAUGAGUUUGGACACCUGGUCAAGUUGAAAGAUCAGGUGGUUUGCUACCAGUAUCACACGAAGGAAUUUUAUGAAACGCACCAAGACUUGCUCGUGGAGUUCUUUCCAGAGUUUCGAGAAGCCAUCCAAGAGUCGAUGGCGAAGGCAACAUCGAGUGUUAGAUACUAUGGAGUGGAAGGAUCAUUCGCCACAGCAAACAUCAAUGUAACCGAGUUGGACAAGCUGCCCGAACCGUAUUCAUCCGUCAGAGGAUCAAACGGAGAGACUCUUCUCCACUUGGCUGUAGAAAGAGACGACAAGGAACUGUUUGUUCGAAUGCUGGAAGGAGGUUGCGAGAUGGACGCGCUGGACAACGACGGAAACCAUCCAGUUCAUCUGGUGAAAAGCGAAGAAAUGCUGGACUUGAUCGUCGAUCGUCACUCGGAAGGUCGAAAGCUUAUCCAACGAACAAACAACUAUGGCACACCGUUAUUGCACAAAGCCUGCCAGCUAUACAUUGAUUUAGAAGCACAAAUCGCUCUGCUGGAAAAGGUGAUCAACUACGGUGCGAUUGUAAACCAGCAAAACAGUAAUGGCGAGUCAGCCGUAUUCUUCGCCGGAAACUACCUCCUGCUGGAAGUCUUGCGAAAUCAUGGUGCUCAGCUGGACGAAGUCAACAAAGCUGGAGAAACUGCCCUGGAACGACAUCUCGGCUGCUUCAACGUCAUAUCGGCUGGAUACAUACUUUCCCACAUUCACGAUCAACCCUCGUUCAAGCAGCAUGCCCACAAAUAUCUAGGUCUGUUGAUGCGUCACAACAGGGACUUCUUCGUUUGCGAUUACUUCAAAGUUCUGGAGGAGCAUCCCGACUCAGCUAGGAUUCUGUUCGAUUCCGUGUACGAACAUUCCCGCGAGGAGGCCUCACGACUGAUCUCAAAAGCUUGCAGAGGUGCCUUGGUGUACGUGUCGGAAAUGUUCUUGAGCGGUGACUAUGACCUAGAUUACAACUUCAAGCACGACUUCGAUAACACUCCGUUGAUCGGGUUGUUCGACUACAUGGAAGAACCAAAUCUGCACAUUGUGAAGCAGCUGCUGGAGAAGGGCGUUGAUGUGCAGGUUAAAAACUUUUGGGGUCGGGAUGCCUUGCUCACGCUGGUCAGAGGAUUUCGGUUCGCCAAAUGUUACGGGCAUGGAGUUGAAACGGUGCAGUUGUUGCUGGACCAUGGAGCGACGAUACACACAACUGACCUGGACGGGAAUAAGCCGUUGCAUUUGGCAUUUGUGGAUGGAGACGCGGAACUGGUAGAGUUUCUUGUCCAGAACGGUGCUGACUUGGGUGCUGUAAACUGUCAGGGAAAGCGACCGAAUGAGAUGGUCACCGAUUCGGACAAGACUCUCUUUUACAUUUGUGAUUGA